AAUGAGAAAAUUCGUCUGGAGGAGCAGCUUAUCUCAUAUGUUCGGCGUCUUUGUAGAAUUUCAAACCUCCACUUGCAGAGCGCGGAAUUCGUUGGAAAAAGACUACUGUAGGAAGAAGUUUUCAUAAAACUUAGUAAAAGAAAAAGUUGCCGAAUGAAUCUUCGACACUACCUAGUUCGUGGGUAUGAUGAGAGUAUGCAAUUUCUUUUAGGUCUUCAGCUACAAGAUUUAACGACGACGAAUGCAUUGGAUGCUGAAGCUCUGGCAAUAGAUGAUACUAGAGAGGCAGUGAAUGAUGAAAAUUACAAACUGGACAUCAACAGUUCAAACGAUAGAUAUGCUAGUAACUUAUCAAGAAACAGUUCUAUGGCCGGGAAACGACGGGGACUUGAUAAUGAUAGUGAGCUACAGGAUUUAAUUGGUGAAAGUUUUAGUGAAGUCACGCAUUUUCGACUAGCCUGAUUACGUAAACGUGGAAGUAACGAAAUCCUUCACCGUACUGGAACUCGCGAAGAUUCUGUUACACACUUCAUGAGACUUAUGAAGAACAACCUACAAGGAAUCGAGGACGAAGAUGCAUGAAAUGAGAUCAUGCACUGUUUUUGAAAGUCUUUUCGACGCGACUUGUG